AUGGCGGACGAAUCUCAAUACUCCUCCGACGCUUACUCCAACAAACGCAAAUACGAAGAGCAAACCGCUCCUCCACCUUCAACCCGAAGACCCACCGGCUUCUCUUCCGGCCCGAUCCCAUCUGCUUCUCCUGAUCUCACCGCCGCAGCCGCUCCUCCGUCUUCCUACAACAGCGUCCCUCCUCCGAUGGACGAAAUCCAGAUGGCUAAGCAGAAAGCACAGGAAAUCGCUGCUCGUCUCCUCAACAGCGCUGACGCGAAACGUCCUCGCGUCGACAAUGGUGCUUCUUACGAUUACGGCGACAAAGGGUUUAGCUCUUAUCCUUCGGAGGGUAAGCAGAUGUCGAACACGGCUCCAUCUUCGAUUCCUGUUUCGUAUGGUAGCUUCUCUGGGACUACUACGAAGAAGAUUGAUAUUCCAAACAUGAGAGUCGGAGUUAUCAUUGGUAAAGGUGGAGAAACGAUUAAGAAUCUUCAGCAAGAGUCAGGAGCUAAGAUUCAGGUUACUCGAGAUAUGGACGCAGAGCCUGGUGCUAAUACGAGGACUGUUGAUCUAACUGGCACACCAGCCCAGAUUGCAAAGGCCGAGCAGUUGAUCAGUGACGUCCUUCAAGAUGCUGAGGCAGGUGGUACUGUUGGUUCAGGUGGAAGCUCUCGUAGGAUGGGUGGACAGCCAGGAUCUGAUCAGUUUUCUAUGAAAAUUCCUAACAAUAAGGUUGGUUUGGUGAUUGGUAAAGGAGGUGAAACGAUUAAAUCUAUGCAAGCGAAGACUGGAGCUCGAAUUCAGGUUAUUCCUUUGCAUUUGCCCCCUGGAGAUCCUUGCACUGAAAGAACUUUGCAGAUUGACGGGACCAACGAUCAGAUUGAACAUGCUAAGCAAUUAGUUAAUGAAAUCAUCAGUGGCGAGAACCGUAUGAGAUCCUCUUCAAUGGGUGGAGGCUAUCCACAACAGGGUUACCAAUCCCGCCCGCCAUCAAGCUGGGCACCACCUGGUCCUCCAGCACAACAACCUGGCUACGGUUACAUGCAACCAGGAGCAUAUCCACCACAGUACGGUCAACAAACUGGCUAUGGUUACCCUCAACAAUCUCAAGCUGGCUACUCCUCGACCUGGGAUCAAUCCGCUGCGCCACCAUCUCAGCAGGGCGCACAAGGUGAGUAUGAUUACUACGGUCAGCAACAGUCACAGCAGCCAAACAGUGGUGGUAGCUCAGCCCCACCAACAGACACCACAGGGUAUGGGGCUUACUACCAACAUGCUUCUGGUUAUGGCCCAGCUGGUCAGGGAUACCAGCAAGACGGGUAUGGAGCUUAUAACGCCUCACAGCAAUACGGUCAAACUGGGUAUGACCAGCAACAAGGUGGUUAUGGCAGCGCUGCUAAUCCGAGCCAAGAGGAAGAUGCAUCUCAAACCGCUCCACCAUCGUCUGCUCAGUCUGGACAAGCUGGAUAUGGUACAACUGGUCAACAGCCAACUCCUCAAGGUAGUACCGGUCAGGCAGCGUAUGGUGCUCCUCCGACUUCUCAGGCUGGUUACAGUAGCCAGCCACCAACAGCUUACAGUUCCGGAUAUGGAGCACCACCACCGGCUGGAAAGCCACCGGCUUAUGCUCAGAACCAGCAGUCUCCGGGUGCACCUGGGAGCUAUGGUGGUCAGUCUGGGUAUCCUCAACCAGCUGCGUCCGGUUAUGGACCACCUCCGAGCUAUGGGUAUGGUCAAGCACAACAGGGAUAUGGGUCUUAUGGAGGAUACCCACCAGCUGCUGCAGGAGGAGGCUACUCUUCUGAUGGGUCUGCUGGAGCUACUGCUGCCACCGGUGGUGGUGGUGGUACGCCGGCUUUGCAGAGUGCUCCACCAGCUGGACCGCCCAAGGCAUCUCCGAAAAGUUGA